UUACAUAUUAUGAUAUAUGAUUUGUAAGUGAAAGCUAACUUCCCAAACAAUUAAGUAGACCCGGUGGUACAAGAUGGUAGCAACAGAUCAAAAUAUGGAUAACGAGGAGUUGUUCGGAGGGCUAACCAUGGAAGAGCUAAAUCGGAAAAUGGAUUAUCUGAACGAUGAGUUCUUUGAAGGACUAUCAAAGGAGGAGAUAGAGCAACUAAACUCGGAACUUUGUGACGAUUUGUUGCCGGCUGCUGACAGGGUUAAAUACCACAUCGACAAGAAAGGACAGAACUUUAUCGACAAGGAGGCCCUGUCGAAAUGGAUGGAGGAGGCAGCGGUAGCCUCGCAAAUUGGACAGGAUUACAUUCCCUUCGCUAAGGAAACUAAGGGCAAGAAGUUCGUUAAGGUUGAAGAAAAGAAAGAGAAGACAGUCUAUGAUGACGAGUUUGAGAAAUUGCUUGCGGAGGCUGAGGGUAUCGGUGAUUGUGACAUUACUGACGGUGAUAUCGACGCUCUUGCCGAGAUUCUCGGAGCGAACAGUUUGCUGGGAUCAGUGGAUGUAUCCUCGUGUACGAGACCGGGCAAUGAGACCGGACUAACCAGCCCCAUCCCUGAUAUCAGAGCAAAUUAUCUAGUAGAAGCAGGAGAUAUGGAGGAAGUUAACGAAAUUGAUGUUGAAGAAACAUUACAAGAAAUACAGAAUAAUGAUUCAAGCUUGACUCACUGUAUUUUCAACAACGUUCCCCUCGAUCAAGAGAUGAUAGAUAACAUAACGAGUGCUAUGGUCGAUAACACCAGCGUCACUAAACUUGAUAUGUGCAACUGCGCUAUUACUGACGAGAGUAUCGACGGAUUCAUCACCCUUCUGAAGACUAAUACGACUCUCGAAUCACUGUCUUUGGAAACGAACAAGAUUACUGGAAAACAACUGAAGCUGAUGGUUCAAGCGUUGGAGUUCAGUGAAACUCUCAAAGAGCUCCGUAUCGCAAAUCAGUAUUUCACAACCGGUGUUGGUGACGAAAUGGCAAUCUCCAAAGCUCUUGCGAACAACACUUCCGUCGUAAAGUUCAGUCUAAACUGGAAGAACGGGGGAGCUAGAAACUCGGCUGAUCGACUGAUCAUGAGGAAUUGCGAUCUUGCCAGGAAGAAACGACAGGGAAUUAGCUAAACCGCUGUCGAGAGUUCAGCAACCUUUGUAAAGAGCAAAGAUGGAACGAUUUUAUAGAAAAGGUGGAUUUAAAGAAAGACUUUGAUUUGAAGGAAAUGGUCGUUGCUUUUCUAUAAUGGUUUAACCCAUGUAUGGCAGCAGAGCCGAAAAAAAGAAAACUUUUAUAGUUUCGGGAAAAAACGCUUCAAAAGAUUCUUUAUACAUAUUCUCUUCACUUAUCAAAUUCAAUUAUUAUCUUUCCAGACCGAAUCAUCUCGACAUCUUAUUCUUUUAAAGCACCUGUGUCCUGUAUGAUAUGUAAAUAAAACCACAUAUUCGGGUGUGAUCCGUGUUCCCGCUCAGCCAAAUAAUUGAUUCUAAUCACUGACGAUUACAUUAAUGAUAUAAAAUAGUGCGUGAUAAUCAAUAAAUUUUUCAAAUUAAAACUGACUAAUAGUAAUGAUUGUUUGUUUUGUUAAAUUUUGAGAAUAUUUAAGUUUUUAUUGAGACUUCGUAUAUUAUGUUCAACUUUAUAAGAUAUUUACUUUAUUACAACAUGGGUCAAUCCUAA